CUUCAAAUCUUAAUCUUCAUCUUGAACUUUCACGUACUAGUCUUAAUAGGCGAGUAGAGCGGUCUACAGACUUCUAGUUGCGGUAGUACCUACGCAAAUGUAUUUGAUGUUUUGAGAUGCGCUGAAAGAGAGGAUGAACGUUCUUCGUUGGUUGAGUUGUCUCAGUGGCAUUCAUUUAGCCCCGCCAUCUUCUUAGGAGAGAAGGAGGCCUUGUUAGGGAGAAACAGUUUCCGUAUUGGAGGAGACCGUGAUUUCUGUCACGGUGACUGAGUUGCGUCAUUCCUGUGUGUCUUUGUCUUAUUUUCGAAUUUUCCAUGAAAUAACAUACAAAAAACAAUGUUGUCGCUCGUAACACAAACACAGCUUGUUUUCGUGUGUUUUUUGCAAAUUGAAUUUCUGGCUACCCACUCAAGAGGAAUUUUAUUGCGAGCAGCAUCCGGAGGACCUGCGCCAGCCCCUAGCUCUAGCUCGACCUCGGCAAGUAUCGUCUCGCUUCCACCAGCACAAACAGCGUACGUGUCUGUACUGCAGACAGAAAGAUUGAGAGAAAAUCUGCGGGAGAACAAUCACGAUCAGGACGAGCUUGUUCGCUUCUGCAAAAAUCACGUCGAGGAGGAGGACCACGACCGAAGAAUAAACCGGCCUAGGACCACACUCACAAACCCCAGACCAGCACGAGCGCCGUAUUUGUUGCGUGUGGAACAGGACCAACGCGAACCGCCGUGGAGGCCGUGUAGCGAAGACAUCAUCAUGCAGCUGGAUCGCGCCAGCAUGCUGGGGAGCGUGCGGGAACGGCGCUCGGAAGAGGCCCUGGGUGAGAAUUCAGCUACGGGGGGCGGGAGCAGCACGACAGCACCAGCCUCGAUGAAGCCGGGAUCCUCGUCUUCCAGCAGGCCAGCGUCCUCCACUACCCAGAACCGCGGCGGAAACAGUAGUGAACUACAGCAGUUGCAGGCAAGCGUGGGCUCGACCGCAUCCAGUUCGUCAUCCAAGAAUUUCAACGACCAAAACUAUCAACAUACCGCUGGUACAACAUCAGGUGAUAACUACAACAAAAACAACCUUAUUGCGGGUGACAGCAGCAGUGCAGCGACGCAAAACACCAAAACUUCUGCGUCCUCCUCUACUUACGCAGGAACUACACAGCAAGGGAUGAUGGGAACAACAAACCAUCAGCCCACAACUACUUCUUCGUCAAGCAAGAAUUACAAUCCGGAGGACAGAGGAACUACAGCGCACCAGCAGCAGCAAAAUCAAAAUCAAAACCAGAAUCAAAUACAGAAAAUACCAAAUCAGCCUGGAGGGGGUACUAGCAGUGGGGGCAAGCAAGAGCUUUCCUCCUACGCCUUCUUUGCGAAGUACACGUACACGACAGAAUGCGCGUUGCUGGCCUACAAUUUUCACGAGAUUGUGAAUCAACUCGGCAUAUUCGAAUUCUUCACCUACAAACACGACCAUCGGCUGGUCUCGGUCACACUGGCAUACCUGUUCUACAAGUAUAAAGCAAUGUAGUUUAAGUUUUGCUUUACUGGACUCGAUGAUGAUCAUGUUGUGACAGCAACUUGUUUUAAUUUAUGCACCAUCGGCAUGGACAAUCUUCUACGUCGACUUCCUGGGGCCAUUUUACCAGCCCAACCUCAAGUUCACGGUCAAGCUGUUGCGUUUCUUACUAAUAAACCCCAGGUACCAGAUCCACCACUGCGACAUGGCACUAGACCUCGCCCUGACCCUGACCUACCUCGAAGACCUCUCAGCCACCGAGCUUCUCGAAUUCCAGGACGGGGAUGCGUUCAACGUGAUCUGCUACCUCGCGUUUCUCGCGCACGUCUUCAACGCGGACCGAACCAUAAGGCUGAAAGACUGGUACCACGAAAUCGGCUGGCGGCACUUCAGCACAUUAAAGAAACUGAACGCGUUCGUGUUUUUUCUCUUUUCCAAAGUCCGGAAGUUCAAGCUGCAAGUGUCGGAGAGCAGGGUAAAAAAGUACAUCCAGAAAUUGUGCUCCGUACCCGCAAAAGCGCAGCAGCAGGGGUAGGCGGGGGGUUUUAACGUAUUUGCUCGCGCACGUUUGUUUUGAUAUUGAUCAGGAACAUAGAUAGUAUGGUAGACAGUCACUCGCUCGCCUGAAGAAGCGAGCACAUCACAAUUGAUUUCCUUUCCGCGUAAUUACUCUAGCAUCUAUAAGUCUUACUUUUACUAGGUUUUUAUCUUCGUGGUAGUGCAGCUGCACCACCAUUGGACGUUUGCAUUUUUGGGACUACAUCUUCAGCCACAAUAUUUUCACAGCCUGUUCUUCCUGCUACACCCUCAGCAUGACAAAGUCUGAUAAAGAUAACAAAGUGCCUUCAAAAAACCCACUCAAGUGGUCGCUCCGUGACAGAAACCAGCAUAA